AUGCUCCCUGAAUUUCUCGCUGGCUCUUACAAGAGAUACAAGCAGGACACUGCUUUGUUUACAACAUGGCUUGCCAAAGCAGCUGCCUCUUGUGGCUACAAGCCAAAUGCGACAGAAAAAUCGACAACUCAACAUACUGGCUCAACGGCUAAAAUAGCAUCUGAUCAGGACCUGGGCACUUCCACAUCGUCUAAAACAGGAUAUGUCCCUUCAGCAACUGGUCGUCUGAAGGGCAAGGAUCGAAAAGCUGCCAAAGCUCUCACAGAUCAGUCAAUUGGAUCAACCCCCGACACUCCAGACACAGAGACUCCCGCAUCGACCGUCAAAUACACUGUCACAACGGAGGAAUUGCUCCGUCAAGCGGAUGCCAUUGCAAACUCUGAUCGUAAGAUGAGCGUUCAGAUGCCCGCAAGUCUUUAUCGCAUCGUUCAACAUGCGAUUCGCGCCCGCCAAAGAUGCUCUGAAUGGUUUCAAAACGCCAAGAUCAGGAACGAGCACUUUGAUAAGGGGCAUACUCACUUUGUCAAGAUUCUGCAGCGGGCCCUCGAAAUACUAGAACCUUGUGUAGUUGACGAAACAGCCGCGAAAAAGCCCAAAGACCAAGCAAAAGAGUCCCCCAAGGAAUCCGAAGACCUUACCAAUCGUUUUAGUGCACUGAACAUGGAAGAGAGUCCGGAAAUCGACGCGUUCGAGAUCGCUGAAGUAGUUGCUGCUGUUCACGCCCCACAGAAGACGAAGGCCUCCAAAGGUAAAGCCAUCGCGACAGAGUAUGAAUUAGAAGACGAAGAAGAGUUCGACGCAGAUCUCGCGUUUAUUGUUUACUGCUUCUUCGAGGAUCUUCACCGCACGCAAGACUUUCUCAGUGACCUUUGGCGGAAAUACAUGUCAGGUAAAUGUGACCUUCAUACAGCAGCCGUAACAACCAAUGCGGCUUUCGAGCUAGUCCGCCAAGCUGAAGAGGACCUGAUCAAACAAGCGCCUAAGGCCUUCAAUAAGACCCGAUCCUGGGACACGAUUGCCAUCGUCAUCUUCUAUGCCGACGCUUUCGAAAGGGGAGUCUGUCCUGAAGGACGUCUCGGUACCAGCGAAACACUUCGGAUAACUCCUUUUGACGAUUUCAUCUAUCUCUCAACUGCACGUAUAUUGAUGAAGUUCACUUUUAUGGCCAAUUUGCCCCCUGACUGUGGAAUGCCUUAUCCCCUACCCUGCCAGCCUUUGAGAUUUGGUUACAUAUCGCGACCCGAGCUGUUGGGCACCCCAGAGAUGGACAAGAGAGAGCACGAAGACUUGAUUCUCUCUAGGCUGAUCAUGGACCGAGAUCUGUGGAACACAUGCACCAAAACGGCAGGUGAAUACGAGACCACACCCCCACCUCAUGAGGACGAGUUCAGCAAAGGUCUUGAUAAGUUGAUGAGCAAAGGGACCCUAAGUAUUGCGGUAGUCUUUGCAGCUCGGAUUUUGUUGGAUAUUCAAGAUGUUCUUGGUGCGGAAGUCGGAAGAGGUCACCAAGACCUUGUGCGUACUACUAAAGAAAUCGACAAAAUGAUGAAUUUGAAAGUAGUGAAUGGAAUGUGGGAUGUUGGUGGCAGUGGAGAGCGAUGGCACGAAAGAGAUGUCGGGUCUGUCAUGCGCAUUAAAUUGACGUCGAUUUACUGGAUUCUCGACAACCCUGCUAAUGCGUUCCCCAAGUUCAAAGAGAUUAUGCUAGCGAAGCAAUCGUCACAAGAGGGUAUUUCUUUCAAUUCUUCUGGGGCGAACUCGGCUCAGUCAACAGCAUCUCCAAGACUUGGUGCACCACCAAAGUCUAAAGCCAGCCAGCAAGCACCAGUGUCUGUAAAGAAGCCUCCAAAAGACCCUAAAUUUAGUACUAUUUCGGCGAAAGUGCAUCAGAUUCCUGAUGGGGUUGAUUUCAAUGACCCAGACUUCCAGGAAGUUAUGCGAAAGAAAAUCCUUGCAGACGAUGGAUUAGAUGACGGUCCUAUGGACCCAGUACAUGAGGAGAACGCGCGGAGACUCGACCUUAAGCCAAUAUCUCCAUCACCUGAUCUGAAUUACCUCUUCACUUUCAAUCCAAUCUACUGUGGACUGGUCUCAUUCAAUAUGCUUACAGACUUCGAGGCUUCAGGAAUCGCUCUUUGCAAUUGGCAUAAGAGUAUCUGGCCUAGUGCCCACUUGUACCAUGCUCUGCGACAGACGUCCAGCAUCUCAAAACCAUGGCCAGAGAUGGAAGAACUAAUGGACUUGCAUAUGGAUUCCCUUUUUGCUGGGUGCCUUCCACUGUCAGCUUACGAGUUCCACGUUCGCUUUGGUCUGGCGUUGGGCUUAUCAAUCACAAACUUCGCCCGAAACCCUCGACGUCGGACUGACGGCAAUAGGGCACAGAUUCGCCAAGGAGCGAAUGGUAUCAAGCUGAGGGUGACUGAGAUGUCCAGCGUCUUCCGCCAGUACUUCGACAAUAAGUCAUCCUUCGAGACCUGCUUGGUCAAAUUGGAGAAUCUGCUGCGGAAACCAAGUUCCAGUCCUUCCAAGAGCGAAAAGCAAGCACGUAAAAGACCUCUCACAACUUUGCAAUUUCUUAGGAUGUUGGAAGAAGACCUACCGCGAGUCGCUCGCCGUCUUCAAUUUGACUACAUAACAUUGACCAAGCAAUGCGUCAAGCUCUUGAAGACCAUUCGUCAGCAAAUUGAACUGAACUUUCAGGUCGCUUUUCCACGAGUACCUACCGAAGAUAGCGCCGAUCAGACAUUGACAUGGAUCGUCAUGCAAGCUUUGGAGGAGAACAGUGACCUGGCAUCCGCUCAAAACACACUCCACCAACGCACCCAGCCCCAAACCCCAACAAUGGGUCACCAGCUCACAAUCGCCCACUCGGAGCUCCAAAAAUUCCUCAGCACCUACAACCCCCAAGCCCUAAUCAAAACUUUCAACGCCCUUAAUCGCCCACAAACCUUACCCACAGGCCUCCCUAAUCACUGGAACAUCUCCAUCCGCCACGUCCCGCUCUCCCCACCCGGCGAUCUCGUUUUCUUCGUCCAGCCAGACUCUCACUUCGUGCACACCGAGGGCCCGAUCCAGACAGUCGAAGGACAGGCUCCUGGGCAUAAGCUCAACCCCAAGAGCCUCGUCACCCUGCAGACGAUCGCGAGAAUGAUCAUGAAGGCUUUUGUCGAGGGUAUGGGCGUGGGUAUGAGCGUUGGCGUGGGGGUGGGCGGGGGAGGGAUUGGGAUUGGGUUGCCCUUGUCAUGGAAGACGAAUGAACCUAAUUUCGCGAGGAGGAUUGGGAAGGUUAUGGAGGAUAUGGGGGUACGAGCUGAUCUUGUGGGAAUGGAGGUUGCUGGGGAAGAGGAAGGGAAGUGCGUUGAUGGGGACUGGGAUCGUUUCUUGACGCGGUUGACCACGGGGCGGGUGGGGUAG